AUGUCAAGGGUGAGCUUCUCCGACGAGUUGGACUCCGAUGUGGUUGAGUUGGAUCCGGCCGGGUCAGAGGGGAAGAGGAAGAACACGCUUUUGGGCAGUCAUCUAGGGGCCCGUUUGGGUCUUUCGGUGCUUCAUCAAUCCUCACCGGCUUUUGGAACUACAAUGUCUGCUUUUGGAGCAUCUUCUGCUCUUGCUUUCGGAGGACCUCACCCACCAGGUACCACUUUUGAUCAGAAGCCUAAUUUGGGAGCAUUUUGGUCUAGUCCUGCUCAGGCAAGUCCUUUUGGAAGCAUGACUCAACCAUCACAGCCAGCAUUUGGGAGCAAUAUGUUUGGUAGCUCCACGCCAUUUGGUGGAAGUCAGUCUGCAUUUGGUACUACUAGCAACCCAGCUUUUGGUGCCACAACUCUGCCUUUCGGGGCCAUUGGCACCCCACCAUUUGGUGAUAUAGUCUCUCAGGCCUUUGGUAGUAAAAGUAUUCCGGUGUUUGGCUCAACAAGGAGUCCUGCAUUUGGAAGCACAGAGGCUGCAUUUGCGGAUUCAAGAAACCAAGCGUUUGGUUCAUCUAGUUUCCCUUUUGCUACUCCUACAUCAAGUGCACCUGGUUUUAGUGCUUCAAGUACUCCAUCUUUCAGAUUCCCUUCCCCUCCUGCUUUUGACCAAUCAAAUUCUACAUUUGGUACCAUUCCAUUUGGUACUUCAUCUCCUCCAUUGCAAAGUUUUCCAUUUGGAGCUCAAGCAACAACACCAACAUCCGAGAACACUAGCUUUUGGAAUUCAGCUUUUGGGGGCCAGCGUGGGGGUAGUAGAGUGGCUACAUACACAGGCACACUGGCACCAGAUUCUUUCGUUAAUAGGAAUACUGCAACAGUGGUGAAAUUGAUGUCAAUAUCAGCUAUGCCAGUUUAUAUAAAUAAAAGUCAUGAAGAAUUGCGCCGUGAGGAUUAUCACUUGGGGGAUAAAGGUGGACUGACUCCUGCUGGUGGGAGUGGGUUUGGCACCUCUACCACACAUUCAGGCCCUCUGAAUCCUGCAUCAACAGGUGGUACUUUUGGGCAGACAUCCACUCUCUUUGGUCAAAACAUAUUCAAUAUUCCUUUCACUAGUAUUGGUUCAGGGAGCUCUUCGGCAGCUAUUCCUAUAAGCAACCCAAUAUGCUUUAGUCAACCAGCUACAAGGACUUGGACAAAGACACAGAUAUGGAUGAUUGGGUUUUCUGCUGAUCCUUGGGUUGCAAGAAUGAUGGUCAAUGGUGAGGACGAUGCUGCUGAUCUCUUGUGUUUCCUUUACGAGGAGCUGGCAAAAGUAGCAUUCGCGUAUAGAAGUAAGAAGUAUUGCGUUAUCGAUGUCCUAUCUACAAGACAAGAGACUAACAGAGCAUGGUAG